AUGGUACAAUGGGACACGAUACUCGGAGAUUCGAUGGGGCGUGUGGCCAGUCUCGACCUGAGCAUGGCUGAGCAAAGGUUCGGCGCUCCUCUUUGGUCGGUGCAUCGCGUGGACCUGCACAACGAGCUCCUUCGUUUGGCAACUAGCGAAGAUACACCAGGCUCGAAACCAGUCACUCUUCGGCUGGGAGCACAGGUGGUGGAUGCUUCGACAGAUGGCUCAAUUACGCUAAAGGAUGGUUCACGUCAUGCUGCAGACCUGAUUGUAGGCGCUGAUGGACUUCAUUCGGUCUUGCGAGGCACCGUUUUGACACAUGAUACCAAGGUGUCCGCUAGCGGCUUGAGCGCGUUCAGGUUCUUGAUGGAUACAACAAUGCUGGAGGAUGAUGCAAAGCUUGCACAGGUAGUCGAGGCUAGAAGUCCAGGGCUUUCUCUCAUCAUCGACGCGAAAGAGACCAUCAGUGAACGUCACGUGGUGUGGUAUCCAUGUCGGGACGGCGAAGUCCAGAACUUCGUAGGCAUUCAUCCGACACGACCAGCGGAUCAUGAAGAAACGGAAACCGAAGCAAUGAAGGACUCCAUGCUCAAGGAGUUUGGUCACUUCAAUCCAGGAAUUGUCCGGAUUAUUUCGUAUGUUGCAAUACCUGCAUACGUACGUUGGGCAUAA